UACCUGAAAGCAGCAGCAGCAGCAUAAUGGGCUAGUCAAUGUCAGUGGCCACACCGACACCAACACCAGCAGCAACCGCAGUUAACGUACAGUUUCCGCUCUCAGGCGACGACAGUGGGGGGCAGCAACAACAGGAACGCAGUUGGAGCAGACAUUUCCUUUAAACAGAGGCAACUUAGAGGAUCCUCACACAAGACAGCACCUACAAACACACACAGACAGAGCCAUGGUGGAAUACUACCAAAUAUUAGGAGUCCAGAAAAAUGCAACACAAGAGGACAUCAAAAAAGCUUAUAGAAAAUUGGCAUUGAAGUGGCAUCCAGACAAGAACCCAGACAACAAGGAGGAAGCAGAGAAAAGGUUCAAAGAGCUUUCAGAGGCAUAUGAAGUGCUCUCAGAUGAAAACAAGAGGAAUAUUUAUGACCGAUAUGGCAAAGAAGGCCUUUCAGGUGGCGGAGGAGGAGGAGGAGGAGGAGGAGGAGGCUAUUAUGAUCACUUUGGUGGCAGCGGCUUCACAUUCCGUAAUCCUGAGGAUGUUUUCAGGGAAUUCUUUGGUGGCAGAGAUCCAUUUGCAGAAUUGUUUGCUGAUGACCCUUUUGAUGAUUUCUUCGGAGGUGGUCGCAGUCGCCAAAGGGGCACAAGCCGGAACAGGAUGGGUGGCUCACUCUUUGGUUUUGGGGGUUUCCCUGCAUUCGGGCAGGGCUUCUCAGGGUUUGAUUCAAGUUUUAGCUCAUUUGGAGACAUGGGUGGAGGAGGUAUCACCUCUUUCUCUACUUCAUCUUUUGGUGGCGGGGGAAGGGGGAUGGGUAAUUUCAGAUCUGUGUCAACCUCCACCAAGUUCAUCAACGGCAGAAAAAUUACCACAAAACGGAUCGUGGAGAAUGGCCAGGAACGAGUCGAAGUGGAGGAGGACGGUCAGUUAAAAUCUCUAACAGUUAAUGACAUUGCAGCCGAAGACCCCUUGGAGGAAGAGUUUUGUCGCCGUAGACAGAACACACUUCCUGGCCUAGGCCUGCAUCAGCGCUACCUGAGAAACUCCGCCCAAAACCCCUCAGAAGAAGAGGAGGAGCAUGGCUUACAGAGCCUGGGACUAACGAGAGGGCACAUGGACACCAAGAGGAAGAAACUGUGGCUAAAGGAGGCAGAAUCCAAAAAGAAAAGAGCUCCUCGGCUCUUCCCACGAUUCGGUGGACUCGGUGCCUUUUUUUAAACACUCAGCCAAACACUUACACAUGCACACACACACCUACAUAUGUUGGCAGAAGCACCAUCAAUCAUACCUGGCAUUAGUUCAUCUUUGCUAUGUAUCAGUGGCCCAACAUCCCCGCUGCUUGGCCGUAUCUCUUCUUCUCUAUCAACUGCAGUGCAGAGCAUAACUCCUGCAUGCUUUCAUCAACCGAACGGUAGCCUGCAGAGACCUCACUUCAAUGUUUUGUUUUGUCCAAGGUACAUUUUAGUAGUUAAGCUUUUGCUAUUGCUGUAUUUAUUGUGGGUGGGCCCUGCAGAUGUACAGUGAACAUUCAGAACCUUAAUUAAUCUCCUAUGAUUGGACUUUUCCACUUUUUAUAGCAUGUUUUGAGAGAGUGUUCUUGUGUUUGAAAGGGUUCAGGUGGAAGGAGAAUUACAGUAGCAGCCUUGUUUGUGAUAAGUGUGAAAAUUACUGUACUAAUACUGUAUAGCAUGUGAGAAUAAGUGAAGGUAAAGCUAUUCACAGAAUCCCUUUUUCAAUAGAGUCAAGCAGGGAGAGGGAUAUCUGGGGAAUGUGAGAGUAAAACAGAAUGAACGCACUGAAGAUUGAGUUUUAUUACAGAAUUACAGGAUUACAGAAUAUUUCCUGGUCACUCCUGUAUCAUACACAAAAAAUGAUUAUCAACAAUCCAGCAGUAAUAUUGUCCACUCUUUACCACUACUCCCACAGGGUGUAAAACAGCUGUUAACCCCUCUCAAAGUUAUUAAUUUCUUUUUUUUGUAAGAAUCUUUGUACAGUGUGGAUUCAGUAACCUUCAGAUUCAGUAAUGUUAACCUUCUAUGAAUGUUUCUUAAAAGAUUCCUUUAACAAAACGACAGUUUCCCACAACCGAUUUAUCCUUGACAGGUUGUUCUCAUGAUUACUGUGAGUGGAAAUGUGGAAAAGUCUGAGAAAUGUUCAUUUUUUAUGGACUCCUACCAAUAAAUGCUUAAAUAAAAAUAUGUCCUCAUGGGUAA